AUGGCCCUUACGGCCGAGACUGAAUCCCGUCUGUACCGCUCUCUGCGCGCCGCCGCCGGCGCCGCCGCUCAUCUCGUGGCGCUUGGCUUCCCCACCGCUGUGGCUAUGCUGGCACGGCCCGGAUCCAGCCUCUUCUCCUGGCAUCCGCUACUCAUGACGCUCGCGUUCUCGUUCCUGAUGACGGAAGCCCUGCUGAUAUUUUCUCCCGAGACCUCGCUGCUCCGCUCCUUCUCCCGCAAAGUCAAGGUGCGGGUGCACUGGGCCCUCCAGUUGCUUGCCCUCCUCUGUGCCCUCCUGGGGCUGGGCAUCAUCACCUACAACAAGCAUCUGAAUGGCAAGGCCCACUUCGUCACCUGGCAUGGCCUGACGGGGCUGCUGACUGUGUUGUAUGCUGCUGGGCAGUGCGGGGGGGGUGUGCUCCUGCUGUACCCCAAGCUGAUGAAAAACUGGACACUGGCCAAGCUCAAGCUGUACCAUGCGACCUCAGGGCUUGUGGGCUACCUGCUGGGCUGUGCCAGUCUGAUGCUGGGCAUGUGCUCCCUGUGGUUCACUACCUCAGUGACCAGCAUCUCCUGGUACCUUGCCAUGCUGUGUCCUGUUCUCACUAGCCUGGUUAUCAUGAACCAGGUGAGCAACGCUUACCUGUACCGCAAGCGGAGCCAGCACUGAGGGACUGGCGCAGAUCCAAACUUCCCCUCUGCGAGCCAGUGAGGCCAGGGCUCCCCUGCUCACAGAGGGUUUCCUUGGAACUUGAUUUCUACUCACUCAUCUCUUGAAUUUUGGAUUGUCUGCAGCGUCAGCUAUGGCAACAACAUGCAUGACACCAAGUGGGCAGGAGCUGCCCACUUCCUGCCUGCCUUAGUGGGAAUGUUUCCCAGCACAGGUAAAGCUUCAGGUCCCUGCGGCAGCUUGGUGCUCAGUAUUGGGAACCAGAAGGUUCACUCAGGAUUCCUGCUCCUUUUCCCUUCCCAACCAAGGAUGCUUUGGAGCAGGCAGGACAGGAGCUGUCAUGUUCCUGGUGA